AUGGAAGAGUUGAAUAAAUUUGAGGUCAGAAAUAAAGCAGAAGGGCGCCUGAUUGCUGCAGCUUUAAAAUCAACUCCAGCACAGAAUCCCCAAAACAAGCUGAGAGAUGGAGAUUAUUUGAAAACACCCAAAGAGGGUGAGGAUGGGUCAGCACCGCCAAUGCCAUUACUAAGGGCACCUGAUCACUGCUACUUUGAAAAAAACUCCAUCACAAAAUUCCCAAAGGUGCUGAGAGAUGACUUGGAAACAAUUGAGCAGGAUAACAUUCAAGAAGAUAUUAAGUCCAAGUGGAAUCUUACUAUUCUUUCUUAUCAUGAAAAUAAAGGGAUUCUGUUCUGUCUGGAAGAUGCAAUGGUGUGUGUAUGAAAUGUAGUCUGCAAUGAACAGUUGGCCCCUUACCUUUCAGUUUGCUCAGCAAUUGGAAAUCUGUAUUAUGUGAAAUAGUGCCAAGCAGCCAUACGGUUCUUCUAUCAAGACAUGUUUUUUAACACUGCCCAGAUGUGGGGUUUUUUUUGUGUGUGUGACUGUACUCAAUCUGAUAUGCCUUGUCAGCAGUCCAAAGAAGCUCUUCACAGAAAUCCAUGUGCAGAGAACAUAGUUCCACCCCCUACUUGCCUCAAUGUAAUUCACAGCUGCCGAAAUGAUGAAUUAUGCAGACUGUGCUAUGAAAUAUUUCAGUCAAUAUGUUCGCAGCAUGUGACUUGGAAGUGUAAAAAUGAGAUCUAUAUCAGUAGCAUAAAUAAGCAAGAGAUAUCACUUGCUCAGGAAAGUGAUGAUUGCAAAGCUGCAUUUACUGAAACCCUUAGGACAGUUCUUCAAGUAUAAUGCACCUUUAGAACCAUUAUGCAAAGUGAAGAAUCUUUGUGCAAGAUUAUCCAGCAUAGGCUACAUAGACGAUCAUGUUUCAGUAAGUAA